UCUCUCACUGAAGGAGAUUAUGAGAAGAAACUUCACUUCAGUGACUGAGUUCAUUCUCCUAGGACUGACCAGACGCCUGGAAUCGCAGAUUCUCCUCUUCUUCCUUUUUCUGGUCAUUUACAUGGCCACAUUGGUAGGAAAUGUGGGCAUGAUUGUCCUCAUCCAGGUCAACGCCCGGCUCCACACGCCCAUGUACUUUUUCCUGAGCCAUUUAUCCUUUGUGGAUCUGUGCUUCUCUUCCAAUGUGACCCCAAAGAUGCUGGAGAUUUUCUUAUCAAAGAAGAAAACCAUUUCCUAUCCUGCUUGUCUGGUGCAGUGUUACCUUUUUAUUGCCUUGGUCCACGUGGAGAUCUAUAUCCUGGCCGUGAUGGCUUUUGAUCGUUACAUGGCCAUCUGCAAACCUCUGCUUUACAGCAGCAAGAUGUCCAGAAGUGUGUGCACAUCCCUCAUCACGGUGCCGUAUGUAUAUGGUGCCCUCACUGGGCUGAUGGAGACCAUGUGGACCUACAACCUAGCCUUCUGUGGCCCCAAUGAAAUUAAUCACUUCUACUGUGCUGACCCCCCGCUGAUUAAGCUGGCUUGUUCUGACACCUACAACAAAGAGCUGUCGAUGUUUGUUGUGGCUGGAUUUAACCUUUCCUUUUCUCUUCUUAUCAUCCUGAUUUCAUAUGUAUAUAUUUUUCCUUCUAUCUUAAGGAUUCAUUCCAUGGAAGGCAGGCGCAAAGCUUUCUCUACCUGUGGCUCGCACCUGACAGCUGUCACCAUAUUCUAUGCAACUCUUUUCUUCAUGUAUCUCAGACCCCCCUCAAAGGACUCUGUGGAACAGGGGAAAAUGGUUGCUGUAUUUUAUACCACGAUAAUUCCCAUGUUGAACCCCAUGAUUUAUAGCCUUAGAAAUAAAGAUGUGAAAGAAGCAUUAAGCAGAGAGCUGUUAGGGAAAAAAGUAUUUUCAUAAAAGGUAUCACUAUUCU